CCGGGCUUGAUGCCCCUCGCUCGGCACGCCCAGCAUGGAGGUGGUGGGGGACUUCGAGUACAGCAAAAAAGACCUCGUCGGGCACGGAGCCUUCGCCGUGGUCUUCAAGGGCCGGCAUCGCAAGAAAACUGAUUGGGAAGUAGCUAUAAAAAGCAUUAAUAAAAAAAAUUUGUCAAAAUCACAAAUACUUCUUGGAAAGGAAAUUAAGAUCUUAAAGGAACUUCAGCAUGAAAAUAUUGUGGCUCUCUAUGAUGUCCAGGAAUUGCCCAACUCUGUCUUUCUGGUGAUGGAGUAUUGCAAUGGUGGAGACUUGGCAGAUUACUUGCAAGCUAAAGGAACUCUCAGUGAAGACACCAUCAGAGUGUUUCUGCAUCAGAUUGCAGCCGCCAUGCGAAUUCUACAUAGCAAAGGGAUAAUUCACAGGGAUCUUAAGCCUCAGAACAUCUUACUGUCUUAUGCCAGUCGCAGAAAAUCAAGCGUCAGUGGUAUUCGUAUCAAAAUAGCGGACUUUGGUUUUGCUCGUUAUCUACAUAGUAACAUGAUGGCCGCCACACUGUGUGGAUCUCCUAUGUAUAUGGCUCCUGAAGUUAUUAUGUCUCAACACUAUGAUGCCAAGGCUGAUUUGUGGAGCAUAGGAACUGUGAUCUAUCAGUGCCUGGUUGGAAAGCCCCCUUUUCAGGCCAAUAGUCCACAAGACUUGAGGAUGUUUUAUGAAAAGAAUAGGAGUUUGAUGCCUAGUAUCCCCAGAGAAACAUCACCAUAUUUGGCUAAUCUUCUCUUGGGUUUGCUUCAGAGAAAUCAAAAGGACAGAAUGGACUUUGAAGCAUUUUUUAGUCAUCCUUUUCUUGAACAAGUUCCAGUGAAAAAAUCCUGCCCAGUGCCAGUACCCAUCUAUGCCGGUUCAGUUUCUGGCAGUUCUUGUGGUAGCUCUCCAUCUUGCCGCUUUGCUUCUCCACCAUCCCUUCCAGAUAUGCAGCAUAUUCAGGAAGACAACUUAUCUUCCCCACCUUUGGGUCCUCCUAAUUAUCUACAGGUGUCUAAAGAUUCUGCCAGUACUAGUAGUAAGAACUCUUCUUGUGACACAGAUGACUUUGUCUUGGUUCCACAUAAUAUUUCAUCAGAUCAUUCAUAUGACAUACCGAUGGGAGCUGCUGGCAGACGGGCUUCAAGCGAGUUCUUAAUGUGUGGAGGAGGACCCUGUCAACCUUCUCCAUCACCACACAGUGAGACAGCACCUAUUCCAGUACCCACUCAGUUAAGGAAUUAUCAGCGGAUUGAGCAAAACCUCACAUCGGCCAGCCCUGGGACAAACCCCCAUGGUUCUCCAAGAUCUGCAGUGGUACGGAGGUCUAAUACCAGCCCUUUGGGCUUUCUGAAGAUGGGCUCCUGCUCUCCAGUCCCUGCAGACACAGUCCAGACUGCUGGGCGUAGGCUGUCCACAGGGUCAUCAAGACCAUACUCUCCUUCACCAUUAGUUGGCACUAUCCCUGAACAGCUUGGCCAUUGCUGUUGUGGGCAGCCUCAGGGCCAUGACUCUAGGAGCAGAAAUUCUUCAGGUUCUCCAGUCCCACAGUCACAGUCACCACAAUCUCUUUUGAUGGGUGCUAGACUUCAGAGUGCUCCUACGCUCACAGAUAUCUACCAGAACAAACAAAAACUUCGAAAGCAGCAUUCUGACCCUGUGUGCCCAUCCCAGGCAGGAUUUGGAUAUAGCUACUCACCACAGCCAAAUCGGCCAGUCAGCCUUGGAACCUCCCCCACCAAGCACAUGGGAUCAUCUCCUAGGAGUUCAGACUGGCUCUUUAAAACUCCUUUACCAACAAUCAUUGGCUCUCCCACGAAGGCCACAGCUCCUUCUAAGAUCCCCAAAACACAAGCAUCUUCCAAUUUGCUAGCCUUGGUUACUCGCCAGGGACCAACAGAUGUGCAAGCUAAAGAUGUGAGUGACCCCCGAGAGUUCUCACAUUUUCUCUCAGCCCAAGGAAGUGAAAAGCAGAUGGCUGAGCAGCAUGGCAAGGCUCCAUUUGGCAGAUCUGUAAGUACUGGGAAAUUGUCAGAUCAACAAGUGAAGACACCUUUAGGUGGGCAGCUAUAUCAAGGCAGUACAGAUAGUCUCAACACAGAACGACCAAUGGAUACUGCUCCUGCAGGGACCUGUGGCAUUGUUCUGGGACCUCCUGGGGCCACUGGGGCCAGUUCUAGGGCUGUAAUGUUUACGGUAGGAUCGCCUCCCAAUAGUGCUACACCUCCUACUUGCACCCAGAUGGUUCUUCGCACAAGGACAACCUCAGUUGGAUCAAACAGCUCUGGAGGGUCUCUCUGCUCCACCAGUGGCCGUGUAUAUAUGGGAUCACCUCCUGGGAUUUAUAUGGGCUCUUCUCCACCCGGAGCAGAGGCAGCGCCAAGCCUGAAGUACACACCUUAUGGCACCUCCCCUCCCAGUUUGGAGGGCUUUAUCACUUUUGAAGCUCCUGAACUUCCAGAAGAAACUCUCAUGGAGAGGGAGCACACAGACACGCUUCGUCACCUGAAUACGAUGCUGACAUUCACUGAGUGCGUGCUGGAUCUGACAGCCAUAAGGGGAGGUAAUCCUGAGCUAUGCACAUCAGCGGUAUCCCUGUACCAGAUCCAGGAGAGUGUGGUGGUGGAUCAGAUAAGCCAGCUGAGCAAGGACUGGGGACAAGUAGAACAAUUGGUAUUAUACAUGAAAGCAGCCCAACUGCUAGCUUCGUCUUUGCACCUUGCCAAAGCCCAGAUCAAAUCAGGGAAAUUGAACCCAUCGACUGCUGUUAAACAAGUUGUCAAAAAUCUGAAUGAGAGAUAUAAAUUCUGUAUCACCAUGUGCAAGAAACUUACAGAAAAGCUGAAUCGCUUCUUCUCUGACAAGCAAAGAUUCAUUGAUGAAAUCAAUAGUGUGACUGCAGAGAAACUCAUCUACAAUUGUGCUGUAGAGAUGGUGCAAUCUGCAGCCCUUGAUGAGAUGUUUCAGCAGACGGAAGACAUUGUGUAUCGGUAUCACAAAGCAGCUCUUCUUUUGGAAGGCUUAACAAAGAUCCUACAGGACCCUGCAGACAUCGAAAAUGUCCACAAAUAUAAAUCUAGUAUUGAAAGAAGGCUAUCUGCACUCUGCUAUGGGGCAGUGACUGUCUAUGAGCCAUAGCCUCUCCCAUGGACCAAGCAGCAGUGAUAUCAGGGAGCUGGGGCCCUGGGACCCUCUCCCCACAAUGGCUUUUAAGUUGGUGCAGGCCAAAGAGGACCCCUAAAUGACUGCUGUAUUUGUAGGAAUGAUCUGCCUUACAGAGAAGCGCCCUCCCUCCCCCCUUCCCCCUUUCCUUUGACAGAAUCUCCCCGGUUUUCGGACUUGGUAAGUGCAUCCUGGACUGAAAUGAAGGAUCAAGGCAGCGAUUCUCCUUGAGGAUCUUGGGGAAUGGUGAGUGCUGCCCCAGCUCCCACAGCAGUGGGGGAGAUGCUGCUGGAGAUGGAGUCGCCUUCAAGGUUUGCCUCUCAGACUGCCAGGAAAUGCCUGAAGCAUAGACUGGGAAACUCCAGCCUGGGCAGGCAGGGGCAGGUUUGACUCUUAGGGUGAGUUGGCUCAGUCUGAGCAGGCACCCCAAGAGUGAGAUGAAAAGCUGGCCCUUGGAAGAAAUUGUGCUCACUUUGUCAAGAAUCCCACAUUUGACCUGACUUUUGUGGCUACAGCUUGAUUUCCUUCUAACAGAUUUCAUAUUGCACUAAUUUACUAAAGCAAUUAUAUUGGACUUUGCAGAACUAUUCAUUUAACACCACCAGAUAAGGCACAAUGGACUUACUCCAAAAAGUUUCAUUUUAUUGUAAAUAAAUCCUUUGCGGAAUUUCAGAUGUAACUUCUAGGAGACUUUUAAACAGACUGUACAAACUUAUAUUCAUGUGAACUUUUGCCUUUUUUUACCUAUUUGUCUACAGCUACCAAUUUUUUCAGUAACAGAAAUGUUUUGAGUUCCUGGUUGUUUUUGCUUUUCCUAUAUAAGGCUUGGUUACAUUUUUUGUUGUGCAUGCAGAAUGUGCAUUAAUUAGCGCCUGUGAUCUGAAGGGGUGUGUAAAAAGCACUCUCUGUCUAUGGUUUCUUGGGCAGUAUUAGAACCAAUGCUGGAAAUUGAGAGGGGCUCUCAAGAAUAUUGAGGCCCAAGCCAAGGUUGGUAAUCUAGAUGCUUGUUAAUGAUGUGGGGUUUCUGCAUCAAAUUAAUGAAAAAUCAGGUUCGCUUUUUUCUUAAGGAAGCGGGGGAGAGGGGCUCCCCCACCUAGGUGGGCACUUUUCAUUUCAAGCUCAAUUCUUGCAGCUUACCAAAUAGCAAGGCCUGGAGUAUUUAGGUAAGUUACCUGAAGACUCCUCUGGAAAUGGUUCCAAUAUUGUAUUUUAUUUUGUUUUUGUUACUUAACUGCUUGGAUACUUGAAUAAACCAUUCUCCAGAACAAAAUCAUUUUAAUCCUCUUAGCUAACGUGGUCUGGACUCUUGGACAACGUUGUACAGUAGCUCUGGCAUCGAUAUUGUUUUAGUGUACUGAUGAAAACCAUGAGUUUCUCUUUACUCUGACAAAGUAAUGUAAUUUUUACCUUAUUUAUCUGUAUGAAAUUCCAACAGUUAAUUUGGACGUUUAUUUAUAGAAUGUUUGUAUUUCUAGGUCUUUAAUACAGUGUUUCUACCUCUCAUUUGUAACAGCAUGCAUUCUUCUGGAAACUAGGGAAUAACUCACUGAACUGUGGUGUGAGAGCCUUUUUAUUAUCACCUGUAUAAAUGUAUAUUAAGGUAAAAUAAAACUGACAAAGGUUUCUA